AAAGCUAUCACGAUUAAACUGUAACUGGGCUCCCUUUUGUUUGUUAUCUUUAUAUCGUCUGCUCGGUAUUGAAAUUAUUAGGACUGUUUUCUUAUCAUUUACGCUUAUUAUUUGCUCUAUAUUUUAAAAAUAAAAUCAUAUAUCCUUAUCAACAUGAAAGUAUCUAUUUUAGGAGCUCUUGAUGACAAUUAUAUGUACUUAAUAAUUGAUGAAAGUACUGGAAAGGCAGCUAUUGUCGACCCUGUGGAGCCCAAUAAAGUGUUGAAGGCAGCAGACGAUGCCAAAGUGGAUCUCACGACGGUGCUCACUACUCACCAUCACUGGGAUCACGCGGGUGGAAAUGCGGAAUUAGUGAAACAGAAAAAAGGUUUGCAAGUCCUUGGCGGCGAUGCUAAUAUCGAUGGAUUAACUGACAAAGUCUCUCACGGCGACGAAUUUAAAAUCGGAAACUUAAACGUGAAAUGUCUGCUAACGCCGUGUCACACCAGAGGGCAUGUCUGUUAUUUUGUAGAAGACCCAUCAGGAGGGGAUCCAGCUGUUUUUACCGGAGACACGUUGUUUUAUGCCGGUUGCGGAAAAUUCUUCGAAGGUACUGCCGAUCAAAUGUACGAAGCGCUCGUUGUCAUCCUCGGUGCACUGCCCGAUCAAACGAUGGUCUACUGCGGUCACGAGUACACUGCAAACAAUCUUUUGUACGCACAUCACGUUGAACCCGAAAAUGAAGUCAUUGAAAAAAGGCUAGAAUGGGCGAAGACGAAGAAGGCUGCAGGUGAACCCACUGUUCCCUCAACUAUCGGAGAUGAGAAACUUUUGAAUCCUUUUAUGCGCGUCCUUCGGAAUGAAGUCAAAAGGCACGCAAAGUUAGAAGAUCCGGUGGCUGUGAUGGACUUUCUCAGGAAUGAAAAGAAUCAUUUCGCAAGACGCACUUAAAAAGGGAUGUAUUUCUUGAAAAAAAAAAUUAUUAAUUGUUUAUUCAUAUUUGUAGUUUUUUAUGAAACAUAAUACUAUUAAAAACAGUAUUUAAAAAUAUUUUAGCAAAGUUUGUUUUAUUUAUUUGAAUGUUACAAUAUAUUCUUCAGCCCCGUGGCAGAAUCGCAGUGACAUUGUCGCAGAACUUUACAGAGUUCUUGCAGAAAGAUUUUUCUUUUGAAGACUAAAAAAUGUUUAUUUAUUAUUUUUUUUACAGAAAUUUUUGUAAUAUUUGAAUCAUGCAUUUUGACACGCUCAAUUUACACUGAUAGUAUUGUAAAUCGAUACAAUGUCUCGAUUGUAUUCUCGGCAGUUUAUGAUUUUCACAUGGUUUUUAAACAUCCCAAUAUAUUUCAAACAAGAUGGAAAAUUCGAAUCGUGCAUUUAAGUAUUUAUUUAAGGCAAUAAUUCUAUGGAAUUUUUGUUAUUGAUUUCUCCAUAGUGUUUAAAUCCGAUAUUAUUUAUAACAACAAUCUAAUCACAAAACACGCGUUUGAGGAGUCCGAUUUACAUGAUAAUCUUUUUUUCAGCAAUUACUACUACAUGUUUCAUGAUAUUUAAUAUUUUUUUUUAUUGUGAUGAUUAUUUACAAAAUGUGAAGAAGUAAAUAAUAUGUGUAUUUUCCUCCCAACAAAAUGUGAGAAUAUCACCCAUAAUAUUAAAAUAAAAAAUUAUUACAUGUUCAA